AUGCGAUUUACUUCUUUAUCCCUGCUUGCUGCUGCCAGCGCUGGCAUUGCUGGCGCGACCUUCUUUGUGAGUCUACUGUGGAUGGAUGCCGUUUGGCAGCGUCUCAAUAGUGGCUGCAUCUUUGUUAACGGCUCCCAAGUCUGCCAUGGACAACUCUUCGAGGUCCAGGGAAAUGUUUCCAUCAACGCAUGUAUAUCCACAGCAGCAAAUACCACAGAUACUUACUCCCAUUGUCAUUUGGAAGCGGAUGUUAGCGCAUGGAAUCAGGUCACCUACAGUGAAGACGAUUGCCUAUAUCAUGGUGAUCAGCUUGUAUUGUGCAAGACGGAAACAAAGCCGCCUCUACUGGUGGCGAACCCGUAUCAUCAGGGGAACGGCACUUCGUCUGAAAAGAAGAUCAGUGGCGCUGUUAGGCCAGGCCGGAGCAGCAGCGUGCUCCUCACAAUGGGUGCCAUCUAUGCGAGUGCGAUUUUUACCGGGGUAGUAUAA